AUGAUCAAGCUCACGGUUACAAAUUAUGCAAUAUGGAGGUACAAGAUGGAGGAUCAUCUGUACAUCAAAGGCCUGCAAAGGCCGAUCAAGACAAGAAUGCCUCCAAAGGGUUUGGUAAAGACUCCGGCACUAGUCCCCAAAGCACCAAUAGCUAGAGAGGUAGGAGAAGACUCCUCAAAAACCUUGAAAUUCACAGCAGAAGAAGAAGAGGAGGAGGAUGAGUGGACUACCCUCAACAAAAGAUGUGUUGCCACCGUCGGAAAGUGGCUUGAUCAUAGCAUCUUUGAAAAAUUCACCCAAGAAGACAAGGCUUAUGUUUUAUGGAGAAAUCUGGAAUGGACAUACGCGGGGAUCUCAAAACAUAACAAGCUUGAUAAAAAGGAGUCGUACAUGGAGUACAAAGAUGGAACAAAUGACUUACGUUCAAGAAAUUUGAGCGUCUUGUUGAUGGAUGCUGAUGGGAAUUCAAGUAACUCAGUCAGUCUUUACCAUGCCCCACUCAGCUUAAGGGACUAUUUGCCAGAGUCGGUGGAUGUUGGUUUCUCAACUGCCACUCAUGGGAAUUUAGGUCCCGUUUACAGGUCCAGACAUGAUAGGAUUUUGGGGAAAGGAGGUUUCGGGAUGGUGUACGCAGGGCACAUAAGAGACGGUCGCACAAGGAUCGCGGUGAAGAUAAUAAAUCCUGAUUCGCACAAAGGGACAAAGGAGUAUGCAUCCGAGGUGAUGUCGUUAAGCCAACUUAGGCACAAAAACUUGAUGCAACUUAUGGGCUACUGUCACGAGGCGAAUAACUUCGCUCUGGUGUACGAAUUCUUGAGAGGAGUUAGCUUCGAGGACAGAUCUUUAAGGGCAGAAUAA